CAGAAAGCAUCCCUGGAACUGUGAGUCUGUGGGUCUGCACCAAUGCUGCACAGUCUGGGGCAGAGCCAGUCAGGUGGAAGCAGCCACACGGGGGGACAAGGAGCACACUACCAGUUCUGGGGAAGCUCCAUCACUCCUUGAAUGAAGCAAUCUAGGCGCUGGCUCUCCCUGAUGAGGUGACCACCGGGGUCUAGGCUGGAGCCGGGAGGUGAAGAACGAGGACAUCCAGAAGAGCCCAGGCUUUCGAAAUCAAUUUUGGCAGUCGGAAGAAAUUCUCCUUUCCUUUCCCUUCUUCGCGGCUCUUUUGUUUUCCGCAGCCCGACAGAAGAGGCUUCCAGCAAGCGGCAGGGGUGGGGGCAGAGCCCACCCGCACAAAGGCAGUUCCCCACGGGCUGUGUGACCGCUGUCACGCUUUUUCGCUCAAAUCAACGCCAGGGGAGGAUGACGUGAGGCUGGUGCUCCCCGGCCCCGGGGCUGAUUGGUCCCAGCUCAGGUUUGAACGCCAAGGUGUCCUGGCAACGAGAAGCAGAGGAGCCAGACUUUCUCGUCCCUACUCGGCUCCGGGAGCGCGGCGGGUGCUGGAGAAAGGCAGGCAUCGACGGCGAGGAGCAGCGCGGAGGGCCCCUGGCCCUCCUCCAGGCAGCCUGUCCUGCAAUGACCCAGUGCACCUGAGGCCCAGCAGUCGUGGGGAUGGAGCUGAAGGUCUGGGUGGAUGGGAUCCAGAGGGUUGUGUGCGGUGUCUCAGAGCAAACUACCUGCCAAGAAGUGGUCAUUGCCCUGGCACGGGCCAUCGGUCAGACAGGCCGCUAUGUGCUGGUGCAGAAGCUGCGGGAGAAGGAGCGGCAGCUGCUGCCGCUGGAGUGCCCCCUGGAGUCCCUGGCCAAGUGUGGACAGUAUGCCAACGACGUGCAGUUCAUCCUGCGGCGGACAGGCCCCAGCAUGACCGAGCGGCCCUCCUCAGAGGGUGCUCCGCAAGCUCCCGAGAGGACGUUCAUCCGGGCCAGUUUGCCCAUCAAGCCCAGGUUCACCAGCAUGGAUGCACCCCGUUCUCGGGAGCCGAAAAAAUCCAUGACCUUCAACUUGGGUCCUACAGGCUCCAGCGACCCGUUCGCUGUGAGCCGAUGGAGGCACCAAACACGGGAAGGGAUCGACUUGGAGGGUGGUGGGAUUGUCCAACCCUCCAAAGAGGAGCUGUUUAGGAGGGUGCUGCAGCAGCAGGAGCAGCUGCAUUCCUUGGAGGCCCAUGGGGACACCCUGGAAAUGGACCUACGGCUCUGGGAGCGCAGCCGGCUUGCCGGCCAGGAGAAUGAGAUCCUCUAUCUGGAGCAACUGGUACGAAGGAAUGAGACAGAGCUGGGUGAGGAGGAAUUUUGGCAGAGCGAGCUCCGGCUGGAAAAGGAGUGUGAGCGAGAGCGGCAGGAGCGGGUUAGAAGCCUGCGGGCCAGCCUGGAGGAGUACACCCAGAGGAUCUUUGAGCUGAGUGCCCGGACUGAAGCCCUGCAGGAGGAGAUCCAGUGGGAGAUGGCUGAGAGGGCCAAGAGGGGGAAGGAGAUCUCUCUGCCCAGCCCCAUAGAGCUGGAGGACAUGGCCACCAAAAUGAAAAGGGACCUGGAGGCCAAGGUCAAGCAAGGCACCCAGCUGGAGAGCAACCUGGCCAGUGUGGAGAAGGCCCUGGAGGAAGCUGAAAAGAACUUGCAGGCCCAGACCCAAGAGCUGGAGGAGUUAAAUAAGGAGCUGAGGCAGUGUAAUUUGCAGCAGUUUAUUCAGCAGACGGGGGCCACGGUGACUGUCCUGCAGGCCAGGUCUGAGGAGGAUGCCCAGCCGGAGCCGAGCCUGUGCGAGCUGCCAGCCUACCGGAGAAACGGAGGUUUUCCUCCCACCGCUGGUACCGACUCGCCUCCUCGAGUCAGCACCAAGCAGCUCCUCAGCCAUCCCAGGACCCUGCCAGAGCCCCUGGUGUCCAGCCUGAAUCCUGAGGUUGUAUCAACCAGGCAGAGCAUCUGGAGGUAGAAGGGCCCAGGCAGUGGAGGAUCAAUUGCCUUGCAAGUGUAACUGUAUAAAUAAACCAUAUUAUAUAUAUAUAUUUUAUAAUUUUUUUUUACUGCUUUAUAUCGUGAAUGGAUGUGGACGGCCAGACAGAGUAUUUUUACAGACUACAAAAUAAAACCAGAGACUGACGACACAAAGCAACCAUCUUCCCCUGCGGAUGAAAGUGACCCCCUUCUACUUUUUUUAAAGCAGUUUCUAUAUUCAACAGAAAACAGCGGUGCUCCCAUUCUGCAUAGCCUCCUCAAAAGAUCCAUCGUACAUUUGGAAAAGUCCUUGUUCCUUUGACUAAGGGUUUAGAGCUGCAGUGGAGACCUGCCUGGAGACUCACCUGGAUGGAGCAAGUUAACAGAUUUUACAGCAUCUGGUCGCAGCAAGCAGGGCCAUGACAAAUAGCCUCUUCGCUGGCUGCAGAGGAGGCACAAGAGCAGCUUUAAGACAAAUUUCUGGCCCCUCUUUUCUUAUAUAUAUUAUAAGAAACCUGUAGUAGAAGCCCAUUUUCCAUGGUGCCAUGGACCACACUUGAAGGGAGCAAUGGAGCACAGAGCAGGAGCUUGUUUUUCUCAUAUCCACUUAGUUUUUCAACUUGUUUUUAAAAUAAAAAAUUGCAGAAUGAGCCCUUCCUCAGUGGUGAUGUGAGUGGGGAGCAGGACCAAAACGUUCUUGGUGACAUUUCCCCUGGGGGUUUUUUUGAUUCUUUUUUCUGUUUGUUUUUUUUAACUCUUGAUGGCCAGUAGCUACUGUUUUGUUCAUCUGUCCUCUGUCCCAGUGGGUUGCCUUGUAUUUUAAUUGCAAAACCAAAGCGGUUUGGGGAGGGAAUGAGUUUGUCCAGAUCCUCAAGCCUGUUUUCAACGCGUCAUAUGCAAAAAACAUGACUUGGGCACAGCGUUCACCGUAAAAUCCUGCUUUCCCUGUGCGAAUGUAAUCCUGUGUGCUGCAGAUCCAGUUUUCAAUAAAUCUUUGGGAAAGGA